CCAAAGUUUUGUCAAAACCUUGUUUGCAUUGAAGCCAUAUAGGUGCCUUAUAAGAGAAUACUUGACUGCAGCUUAUGACAUAAAUUAUUUGACUCAGAGAAACGACUACACGACAGCAAAGUUUAACGUUUGGUAUAUUGAAGGUGACGUUAAACGUAGAUUUAACUUUGGGCUGCAAGAAUUGCACAAUCAGAACAGAGUUUAAGACUUAGAGUAUAAGAGAAAGGAAUGGAGUUUUAUCAGUAUAACCAACAGAAUGUGAUUGAGGCCUUGUGUUCUAACAAGAAGAGUGUUUUCCUUGAUACUUUAAACAGAAUUAUCGAUAAUGAAGAUUUUGCGGCCGAUUUUGAGGAAGUCAAUUUAGAGGUUAAAUCAAAAUGUAAUGGAGAAUCAAUUUUGCAUAGAGUAUUAAAAUACAAAGAUUCUGUUACACUCGAAUUUGUUAAGAAGUUUGCGGGGAAGAAUCCUGAACUCUUAAAAGAGCAAAGAGAUUUAAAAGAAAUUUCGGAAGUAAGCGACUUUCGAGGUCAAUCCCCCCUGCACGUCGCAAUAGUCAACGGAUAUGCUGACGCCGUUGAAGAGAUUUUGAAAAUUGCUGAUAAAAAUGUCAUGACCCAAGAGUUGCUUUGCAUCUCUGCAACGGGGAAAAAAUUCAAGAAUACGGUUUUAAUGGGGCAGCUACCAAUAAGCGCUGCCGCUCUUGCCUGCAAGGACGAAGAUUUUAAAGUAUUAGAUAUACUUUUUGAUAAAGAUGCUGCAAGUACCAUCUCAACCCAAAACCAGGAAGGGGAUACUGUAUUUCACUCCUUGAUCAAAUAUGCAGAUAUUCAUUCUGAUCAAAUGCAGCAUAUUGUACCCACAUUUAAAUUCAUCUGGAAUAAAUUUGCCGAACAUUGCGAAAAAUCGAAGUUUACGAAAGUAACAGAUAUUCUUUUCUGGGAAAACAAAUCAGGCAUGACACCACUCCGAUUAUCUGCAAAACUUGGCGUCAGUGAGCUUUUUAAUUAUUUGAUCAAUAUUGAAGAUGUCUACUGUUUUUAUAAUGUAAAAGACGGUAUAUUUGAUAUUAGAAUGUACGAUGUUACUGAAUUUGAUCGAUUAAUUAGUCUUACAGAGAAUUUGGAAGAUAGUCAAAAAGGAAAAAUCUCAAUUUUAGAGAGUAUUUUUGAUUCUAAAUGUACUCAUACAGAAGCAUUUCAAAUCCUGGAUCAAGAAUUGGUCAGAUUCAUUUUGGAUAAGAAAUGGCGCUCCUACCAAACAUCACUCAUUUUUUGGAUGUGUCUGCAUAUUAUAUUUAUGUGUGUUUUUACAGCAUCGACUAUUGAAAAAUCAAGGCAUAAUUUUCUCUCACAGAACAUUGAGACAUCGAUUUCGAGCGAGGUUGAAAUAAUUCUUACAAUAGCAGCUGUGUUCUUAAUGGUGGGCGGUAUAAUUUACCUUUUUUUCUCUUGUAUGUGUAUAAAAGAGUUACGUAGACGUCGGAAAGCCGAACAUGGAAAUCAUUCCAAUGUAGGGAUAAUUAUGCAUAAUUUUGACUACAUCUUGUGUUUGCUGAUCACAUCCGUUGGUGCAAUAGGAGAAUCUGUUCUAAUUUUUUUCAGAUGUCAUUGUGACUAUCAAUUAAUAUUUGCAUUGAUAUCUGGCUGGUAUUUUACCCUUUAUUUCUCUCCUUUUCGAAAAGAAACCGUUUCUUUUACGUACAUGAUAAAAUCGGGUGUUUUGGAAGAUUUUGCUCCCUUUGCAUUGGUUUAUUUUUGUCUGUUGAUCUCGUUCACAACAAUUAUGUUUAUGCUUUUCCACGGCAUGGAUGGUGUAGAAGAGUUUGAUACUUUUGGAAGUUCUCUUCUGGCGAUGUUCAAACUAGGAGUAGGUCUGAAUGACAUAGGUAUGCUGAAUCAGGCUAGGAUCCCAUGGCUAGCCUACACACUAUUCGUUGUGUAUGUAAUUCUUUCAUUCAUUCAACUGUUCAACGCGUUAAUUGCUGUCAUGUCACAGACCUUCUCUGGAGUCCAUGGUUUUAAAAAUUCGUACGCUCUAUAUAACAAAUUAAAAAUGAUAGAACUUUUCGAAGACAUUUUUUUAAUCUGGGUCAAUAUUAAAUGCCCAUUUAAACGUAAACGCAUCUUUAACCAGGCAAAACAUUGGAAUGAAAUAUCAUUUGUAGAAAGAAGCGUGAGAACGGACCGAUUUAAGAAGGGAAAACAAGAGAGACAGGUGCGCAUCUAUUCUACAAUGGAGUUGGAUGACCAAGAGGAAAAUAUAGAUGACAAGGAAGAGAAGAAAAAGAAAAUGAAAAACACUAUUGCAGAGCAAUUGAUUGAAGAAAAACAAAAAGGAAGGAAAAGAAAAAGAAAAACUCCACAUUUAAAGAAAUCCAGCAAAACUGAUCCCGAGAAAGAUAUAAUAUUCGUUAAUGUUCAAAAAUGUACUAGUAACAAAACAUCUCAAUAUCCAGAAGGCAUUACACUUACUAAAUGGUAAAUUAGAUACUGGCAAAGCGGCAUGGUCACGAUUUACUUCCAAUUUUACGUUUCCAUUAUUAAUAAUAAAAAUACAUCACUAAAGUAUUUCUUAUAUCGUCAGCCAAAAGUUUUGUCAAUUUUUUAGCUAGUUACAGAGCUCACAAUUUUUCAUUAUUUGAACAAAGCUUGCAUCAUGUUAUUGUUAACAUAUGUAGUAUAUACUGUUAAAAACAUUUUGUCGUAAUGGGUUUCUAUAUACAAUAUUAAUGUGAACAUGAUUAAACAGUUUCCAGCGUUAUCUCUCCUUAUUUUGAUUUUUAAAAUGCUCUCUUUAUUUAUCAAUCUAGAUGUAAACAAACACAUGGCACGGACCAUGUCUACAUAAAAUAGAAUUGUGAGCUCUUUUUCUAAAUUUAAACUAAUGUUAAACCUUCGGAUGACCAAAGUUAAGAAUUGUAAAAAUUAAUUGCUUUCCAAUUAUUAUAUUAUGGGAAAGCACAAUAUUAAGGAAAAAAAACCCAUGACCCUUUAUGUCCAUCUGUAAAUACUUCCGUGAAUUUGCAAAACAGUUUUUAUAUGAAUAUUUUAUUUACCAUAAUGAGGUUAUUCAUGAUCAUUCCCAUAAUUCCCAUAAAAGAUGACAUCAAAAGUGUAAUUGUGUAACGUAUGUAUGUGAUUAAUACAUUACACGUCGGCGAACUGUAAAAAUUAAAAUAAUAAUAAUAGCAUAAAGAGAGUGUAUACAUGUAUGUAAUAAGGUCGCAUUAGUAAUACAUUGUAUUUUCGUUAAAACGACAUUAUGAUAUUUUGUUAUUACGAGAUAAUUUCUAAUUAGUUGAAUAAUGUUUUUUCCAGAAAAAUUCAAAAUACUGACCAGUGUAUACUUGUUUUAUCUUACAUUAUUGUAUAAAAUGCAGAAAUGUUAUAACUUAUGUAGCUUGAUAUAAAAAACCUAACAUUUCUUUCGUUAAAAACAUCAAUUGAAUACGGCAUAUAAAGUUUGAAAUUAUCACCACCAUACAUCAAUAAAUCCAAGGAGAAAAUGGUGGAUAAUUGUAAAUUUCAAAAAUGAAUUGAAAAAAAUUUGUUUUUGCACAGAGUAAUUAGGGCAUGAAAAGGGAAAACCGUAUGCAUUUUCAUAAUCUUCUCCACGCAUAUCACAUUUAAGGUUUUCCCGCAUACUUUAAUUAUUCAGGUCGUUGUUUAAAUGACUAGCUUUAUUUCUCAGCUAAAAUGUAAAAUGUUCACAUUUCCGUUUCAACAGUCGUAAAGCUUAAAUGUUAUUUUGUAAAAUAUUUCAGUCGGCUUUUUAAAUGAUGAAACUUGACGUAGAUCGUGCACUAAAUUAAAGGUUAUUCAACAACUUAAAUUGAACAUAUUUUAUCAAAUAAAACACAUACAUAAGAGAUGACUUUGUACAACUAACAAUUUAUUCUUCUUCUAAGUUUAUUUAUAAAGGAAAACAUUUCAUUUGGGCAUUGUAUUAGGUUCGAAAAAUAAAUGAUGUUCUAGAUUUCUUUAAAAAGAUUCAAAUAGCUUUAUAUCAGAUUUCAAUUUGAGAUCCAACUCUAUCUAAAACAAACAAAAAGCAGUAUCUUAAAAUAAAUAUAGAACUUUAUUAUAUCCAUAACGCCUUGACCAUUAUGACGAUGGCAUGCAUAGGAGAAUGUGAAGCGUCCAUAUUAUGAUUUGUUAUGUACAUAUGCAAAGCAUGUUUCUUCAGUAUGAGCUGGUAUAUUUCAAUUUAAUUGAUUGCAUUAUGUUUGUUUACAAUUGCUAUACAUGUUUGUUUUAUAAACCAUGAAUAUAUGUCUCCAAUGAAUAGUUAGUGUUGUUUUACGAUCAAGUGAAUAAAUGUAAAAUUUCUCUAUUCGCUACCCGUUAUUCUUUUCAAUUUUAAAGAUAUCAUCAACUACUUUGAGCAUAUAAACAACUUCAUUUUACUUAACUUGAAAAGAAUGUCCAUUUUAAAAAGUUA